AUGGGUGAAGCAAAGGUUGAGGAUGUUUCUGAGGACCAGAAAAGCUACCAACGCCUCGCGCCUUUCUCUGUCCUAAGAAGAAAACUGAAUGCCACCUUUGAAGUGAGCAGCAUUUCUGAGUUUCGGAGUCACCCUCACAACUUGCUUCCUGGUAUUUUCAGUGUGUUUUUCUUGGUCCUUUAUGGAUUUUUGGUGAGUAAAAGCAGAUGUGUAGAUUGUCAUGAGAAAAAGAAACCAGCUUGUAUUUUUCUGGAAGAAGAUAUCCAACCUGGCCACCAGCUGUAUGCAGUCGUCAUUGACACUGGCUUCCGGUCACCUGCCAAAUUUACCUCAAAGGUUUUCAUUGUUUUACAUGGUAAAAAUGGAGUCUCCGAAACCAAAGAACUCUGCUGUCCAGAGAAGCACUUAUUUGGAAGGAAUUCCAGGCACACCUUUAUAAUGAGCACUGCUAACCAACUGGGUCCGCUCCAGAAGAUCCACCUCUGGCACGACAGCAGCGGGCCUUCCCCAAGCUGGUUCAUCAGCCACGUGAUGGUAAAGGAGCUACGCUCAGGACAAGCUUGGUUCUUCUCUGCUCAGUGCUGGCUGGCUCUGAGCAUAGGUGACAGCAGUGUGCAGCGAGAGCUCUUCCGCCUGAGCCAUGGGCUUGGUUUCUACAAGCUUUUCUAUUCAAAGUUCACAGAGUACCUGGAGGAUUUCCACAUCUGGUUCUCACUGUACAGCCAACCCGCCUCCAGCAGCUACCUGCACACACAGCGGCUUGCUGUGUCCUUCUGCCUGCUGUGUGUCUACUCGUGCCUCACUGCCCUGAUCACUGUGACAGGCCAUGAACAGCGCCUCCUGAAUGUGGGUCCUACUGAUAUAACUCCGGAAUCCUUCAGUCUGGCUCUCCUGUGCACCCUCCUGGCCUGUCCAGUUGCACAGCUCCUGUCGCUGCUCUUCAGGUUCAGCAAGGAAGCCAGAGGGCAUCUACGGGCUGCGCCACAGUGGCCUCUCAGAGGAGUGAAGACAGAGGCAUCUCAGGCUCCUGAUCCCAAUGAGAGACCAAAUUCAAGGCAGCCCUCCCAGCAUCCUACAUCAGACAUUCUCUCCGGGACUGACCAAGCUUGGAGGAUGGCAGCCAUUAGGAGUGGUGUGGUCUGCUCACCCUUUCUGUCGGAGGCCUGCAGGCAUAAAGAGCUGGCUUGGAGAGAGAAGAGCGGCCACUAUCCUCCCAGUUCUCAAGCUCCCAGCAGUGGUUUCGAAGGACUUGGGCCCCAACAGUCAAGGGUCUUCCUGAUAUGGCCAAGCUCUGUGGCCUGGACCAUCUGUGGGUCUGCUUCCCUGGCCUGUGGUUUGGGGACAGGAUUCCUAGGCUAUAGGUUUGUACCAGCGCAGUGUAUGUGGUGGCUGCACCUGCUGUCUCUCUCUCUGGUCUGCUGUGCAUUCAUCACCCAGCCACUCAUGAUCUGUUUGGCAGCACUGGCCUUUGCGUGGAGAAGAAAACAUGACAGCCAGUUUUUUAAGGAGUCUUUACGAGAUGCAACGAAGGAUCUGGACUUGGAACUGGAAGAGCGUUCCAGAACCCACAUUCCUCUUUCUCUAAGCUCCUAUAGUCCUGACAGUGCUGAGGAGGCUGAAAGGGUCUUAGCUGCCCGAAAACGAGAACGCCACCUGCGCUGGGCUCAGCCACCAUCUAGGGCCAAGUUUAGAGUGACCAGGGAGAGACUGAGGAGAGAGAGGUGUCUGCAGGCAGCCCUGAGUGACCCGAUGCUCCCCAGCCUCGUCAGCGAUCCAGCGGAGGUUGCAACUGAAGUUCACAAUGCUCUUACCUCCAGUCUCUUCCUCUUUCAGCCUGGAGCUCUUGGAGGGCAGUGCCACCUAAUAGGCCCUUCAGUGAUGACACAGCUGAAGGUUUCUGCUGGCCCUCAGUGCAUGCCUCCCAGGACAUUCUCAGAGCUUGUGGAAAAUGUACCCCCUGCACGUAGUCGUGACCUUGACCCUAAGAAUCUUAAUAUGACCCCUGGUGGUCUGGAGGCCUGUGGGGUGAAGAAAGAGAGCUACAUGCACAGCCUAGGAAGAACAAGGCACGAAGCCCAUGCAGCUCUGAGCACCCUCAGGGCCAGCGGGUGGAUCGACCAGAGGACCAGGGCCAUGUCUGUGCACUUCACUCUCUACAACCCUCCGACCCGACUCUUCACGAGUGUGACCCUAGGUGCAGAACUCCUCCCCACAGGAGGUCUCGUCCCCUCAUCCCUGGUCGAGUCCUUCAGCAUCUUCUAUGGUGGCUCAGCCCCACAGUACCCUCUUAUGCUUUCUGAGCUUUCUACUGUUGGAGUAGCCCUGGCCUACUAUGUGGCCUCCGGCCACCUCACUACCCUUGCUGAGAAUGCCACUGACCAGUUCCGCAAAGGAUUUUAUCAUAUGUUUGUGGACGUCAGCCUGAUGGUGUCAUGGAAUCAGAGAUUCUAUCAGCUUCCACCCCCCUUCUCCUCCACCUUCUCCCAAUCUGUACUCUGGGUAAACCUUAGAUCAGAAACACAGAAUGUUCCAGAGACAUCUGCUACAGCUGGGGAAAUUGAGGCCGAGCAAAUGGAAGGACCUUUCUGCAACCAGUUUGGCCCAGCUGUAGAAGCACCAGAGCCUUGA